AUUUUCAUCUGUGCCACAUGGAGGUUGCGAGGCCAAGAAAUAUUGUUGCUGCUGCACGCGAGACGGGUGCUGUUCUGAAUGACAAUGAUCAUGUUUAUGGCAGGGAAGCUGAAAAGGAGAAGAUUGUCGAUAUCUUGGUGCAUGCUGCCAAGGACAAUCAAGAACUAUCCAUCCUACCAAUUGUAGGACUUGGAGGCCUUGGAAAAACUACUGUAGCUCAAUUAGUCUUCCAAGAUCCUCGAGUAGAUGAGCAUUUUGAUAAAAAGCUUUGGGUUUGUGUCUCUGAUGACUUUGAUCAAAAGACCUUGUUGAAGGCCAUGAUCGAAUAUGCAACUGGAAGCAGCAUGGCUUCAGAUUUGAUGCACUUGGGAUCUUUGGAAGGCCGAAUCUUCGAGUUGUUGAGCAAGAGAAGGUAUUUGCUUGUGCUUGAUGAUGUUUGGAAUGAUAAUCAGGAGAAGUGGUUCAAAUUAAAAAAUGUUCUGACGUGUGGUUCACCUGGAUCCGCCAUUAUUGUAACCACACGACAAAAGAAGGUUGCUGAAAUAAUGGGAACACUUCCGGAACACGACUUGAAAGAGUUGUCUGAAGAUCACUGUUGGUUGUUGUUCAAGCAGAGGGCUUUCCGACAAGGAGAGGAAAUACAAUUUCCAGAACUUGAAGCUAUCGGGAAGCAAAUAGUGAAGAAGUGUGGUGGUUUGCCGCUAGCUGCCAAGGUGUUAGGAGGUCUUCUACGAUUCCAGAGGACCGAAAAUGAAUGGCUUCAUGUGAAAGAAAGUGAGCUGUGGGAUUUGCCACAAGAAGAAACUUCGAUAUUGCCCUCUUUGAGAUUAAGCUAUCAUCAUCUUCCUUUGGCUUUCAGACAGUGUUUCACUUACUGUUCCAUCUUUCCCAAGAGCAGGUCAAUCUACAGAGAAGAAUUGAUACUCCUUUGGAUGGCACAUGGUUAUAUAUCAUCAGACGGAAUAUUGGAAGCAGAGGAUGUUGGCAAGCAAAUAUGGGAUGAGUUAAUCCUGAGAUCACUUUUCCAAAAUGUCAUUGAUAACAAAGGAGAACCAAGGAUGGAUGUUGUCACACUGCACGAUCUUGUUCAUGAUCUCGCACAAUCAAUCAUGGAAAACAAAGUUUCAGAAACAAACUUGGGAAGGAUUUCAACAAAAACAUCAAAUAGCAAAAUCCGCGAGGUGAACUUGCCAGUAUGCCAUGUAGCAUUUCCUAAAAGAACACAACUUGAAAUGGAUAUUUCUUUCGUCUUGGCAAACUAUAGAUGUUUGAGAGUGUUGGAUGCAAGAGAUAUAGCAGAGGUAUCGAGGAUAGGCAAGCUGAAGCAUUUGCGAUCUUUGGAUUUAUCCUGGUCUUAUAUUGAUAGUCUGCCCAACUCAUUAUGUAGUCUUUGGAAUUUGAAGGUUUUGAAUCUAAGUUAUUGCCAAAAUCUUGCAAGAUUACCUAAGAAGAUGAGAAACUUAAAAAAUCUCCGCCAUCUCUUUUUGAAGGGAUGCAACUCAUUAAGGGAGACACCCUUUAGAAUUGGAGAGUUAACCAGCCUUAUGACUUUGGAAAAAUUCAUUGUGGGCUGCAAUAAGGGAAAUCAACUUGAGGAAUUGCAGAGCUUAAACCUCGGUGGCGUACUUGAAAUUGAGCAUCUAGAGAGAGUUGAGAAUCCCUUAGAUGCCAUGAAAGCAAAUCUUGCUGGAAAACAAAAUCUUUGUCAUUUGAUUUUGAAAUGGGAUGUCGACAGUGCAUCCAAAUUGAGGGGAGAAAAAGAUGAAAAGGAGCUGGAAGCACUUCAACCUCACAGAAAUAUUGAAGAAUUCAGUAUAAGUGGCUUCAGUGGUAGACAUUUUCCGAACUGGAUGAUCAACUUGAAGAUGGAUAAACUAGUUAAGCUUUCGAUCAAUAAAUGCAAGAAUUUGCUGGACCUAUUUCAAGUGGCAGAGCUGCCUCACCUUGAAACCUUAUCUUUAAGUGAUCUAGAGGAGGUUGAGUACAUUGUUUCAAGUGGGAAUGCAGCAAACAUAAUAUUCCCAUUAUUGAAAACACUAUGUCUAUAUAAUCUCCAAAAUCUAAAAGGAUUCUUUAAGGAGGAACCAGGACAGAGAUGGCCGAAUCUUCAAACACUUCGUGUUUCACGGUGCCCUUCAAUGGUGUUUUCAGAGUUUUCACAAUUUCAAAAGUUGGAGGAACUGGAUUGUAACAGUAGUUUAUGCUUGACUUCAUUUCCAAAGCUGCAAAAUCUUAAGAAACUUGUAGUAUGGAUUGGUGAGAAUAUGAAGUGUAUUCCCUGUGAUUCGCUGGAACGUUUAACUAAUCUGGAAAUAUUGAAGAUUUUUUAUGCCAACGAACAAUGUGUCCCAAUGGGAGGGCUGCAAGGAUUACGCGCUCUCAAAAUUUUGAAGAUAAAUCUCAGUGAGAAGUUGACAUGUUUGCCGGGGGGAUGGUUCUCCCACCUCACAACUCUUGAACAUUUGUCUGUAAGCUUCUGUACCAAUUUGGUAGACCUGCCGAUGGAAAUCAAAUAUGUUGACACCAUUAGGGAAGUCACUCUUAGCGGCCUUCCAAAGAUGGUGUGCAUACCCGAAGCCAUCAGACACCUCUCCUCACUGCAAAAUCUAAAUCUGGAGAACCUUAUAAAGCUUACCUCUCUGCCAGAAUGGUUAGGUGACUUGGCAACUCUUCGUCAUCUGACUAUCCAUUUUUGUUCAAAUCUUGCAUCACUUCCUUCAUGUAUCCAAGGAAUGACAAAUCUCCAAUCCCUCGAUGUUUUGGAAUGCCGAAAUAUAAAACAGAGAUGCAAGGAGGGAACUGGGGAGGAUUGGCACAAAAUAGCCCAUAUUCCUAAACUCACCAUUGAUUAGAUGAGCAAUGUAUUGUGUCCUAUUUGAAGUGUUUCGACACAUAUAAGUCUCACCAAUACGCGGACUUGUUUCCUCGACAAAUGGCUGUCUCAUAAUACAGCUCUAGAGGUAUUUUGCAUACAUACAUUCGUGUAGCUAGUUCAUGUUGGAGAAAAAAUAUUCCCAAAGAUUAGAUAUUUAUUAGUCCAGUAAGGGAUGACAUAGUGGUUUGUAUUCUGCGA